AAUAAAAUACAAAAUAUUAAAAAAAUCUAACUAAUUCAGAAAAAUAAAUAAAAGCUCUUUUUACUAAAGCAAAUACAUUUUCUACAGAAUAAACUUUCAAUGCUACCAAAUAAUAACUAAUUUUCAUCAACAAAUAAUCAAUCUUAAAUCCCAAGAUAAUAAUAAAACCAAUAAAUCAAUAAUAUGUAGAGUAUGCCUCAAAGGAACUAAUAAUUCAAACCUCAAUUACCAUAACAAUAACAAUAACAAUAGUUAUAGUAGUAGCCUUUAUCAUUUUAAGUACCUCCUUCAUAGGUCAAUUCUUAAUAAUAAUUUCAUCCUAAUCUAUAUCAUUAAUUCUCCAAUAAUCAAUUUCCAACUUAAUACAAUUUCCCCGCAUAAAAUUUAUUUUUGAAUAACUAAAACUUUUAAUAGCCUUAAUAUUAACAAGGUUUCACUUUACCUGAUAAAAUAUCUUAAGAAAUGUAAUAGGAAGAUAGUAUUUAGGAAGUUGUAAAAUCAAAAUAAAAUAAAAAAAAUUCUUAUGACUUAGAAAAAGGAUUAAGCUUAGAUGUUAAAACCUUGCAAAAGCACUUUUAAUUCAGCAAUUCUAAAGAUCAGACGAUACCAAUUAUGAUCUCUGUAAAAACUCUUGAAUAAACUAGUGAUAUGGAAAUUGAAUCAAAUUUACUUGAAGGUAGACCAAAUCUCGAUUUAAUUUGCGUUAUUGAUAAUUCUGGAUCUAUGAGUGGCCAAAAAAUAGAAAAUGUCAAAAACACUAUUUUAUAAUUGAUUGAUAUGCUCAAUGAUAAUGAUAGAUUGUCAAUUAUCACAUUCAAUAGCCACGCUUAAUAAUUGUGUGGAUUAAGAAAAGUCAACAAAGAUAAUAAAGAAAAUUUGUAAAAAAUUACUAAGUCAAUUUACGCUAAUGGUGGCACAAACAUUACAAGUGGUUUGUAAACAGCUUUUUCAAUCUUAUAAAGUAGAAAAUAAAGGAAUUCUGUCAGCUCAAUCUUCUUACUUUCUGAUGGUCAGGACAAUAAUUCUGAUUCUAGAAUAAGAAAUCUCUUGUAAACUACCUAUUAACAGCUCCAAGAAGAGUGUUUUACUAUUCACUCAUUUGGCUUCGGUAAUGAUCACGAUGGCCCUCUCAUGUAGAGAAUCGCCUAAAUAAAAGACGGUAGCUUUUAUUAUGUAGAAAGAAAUGACCAAGUCGACGAAUUCUUCAUAGAUGCACUUGGUGGUCUAUUUUCAGUUGUUGCUUAGGACAUUAACAUUUCAAUUAAAAUAAAUAGAAAAAGUGAAAUGUUCUAAAAGUUCUUCUAAAACUCUUAUGUUUCUAAAACUUACGGCCCUAUGUGGAAAGUCGUUAAUAAUAACGAAGAAUACACCAUUAAAAUAAACUAGAUAUUUUAAGGUGUCUCUAAGGAUUUCAUCUUUGAAAUGGUAAUUCCAAAAUCUGAUAUCAAAGAAUUGUAAGAUUUUGAAAGAAAUUUAGAAGUGAUUAAUGUUCAAUUGACUGCUAUUCCUAUCGAUUCUGAAUAUACCACUAAAAUAUUAAAAGAAAAUAACUUAGUUUUGACACUCUUUACUUAAGAUGAAAAAAUAGCUUAGGACUCAGAAAUUAACGACAAUGUUGAAUUUAACUAUAUAAGAGUAAAGGCUGCUUAAGCUAUGGAAGAUGCCAUCAAGUAUGCUGAUAGAAACCAAUACUAAGAAGGUCAAGCUGUUUUAUCUGAUAUGUUGAAAAAGAUAGAAAAAUCUCAUCCUAAUAAUUAGGCAAGACUCCAAGUUAUUAAAGAAGAUCUCUUUUUAUGCUAAAAAAAUGUGUAACCUUAAUAAUAUUAAAAUUAAGGUAGAUUCAUGGCUUAAUAAUAAUGUAAUAAUAACUUUUAAUAAUAAUCAUAUGCCAUAAGAAGUAAUGAUAUCUAUUAAGCUCCAAUGUAAAGACAAAUGGUUUAUAAUUAAUAGAUAUCUAAAUAAAAUCAAAAAAAAUAAUGA